AUGUCGGCCCAGGGCGACUGCGAGUUCCUGGUGCAGCGAGCCCGCGAGCUGGUGCAGCAGGACCUAUGGGCUGCCACGGCUUGGCUGAUCACGGCCUGCAGCCUCUACCCCGCCGACUUCAACAUCCGUUUAUUUGAAACUCUUCCUGGUGGGGUCCAGUGUGAAAUGUUACUACAGGUUACGGAACAAUGCUUCAACACUUUGGAACGAUCAGAAAUGUUGCUUCUACUUUUGAGACGAUUCCCUGAAACAGUGGUACAGCAUGGAGUUAGCCUUGGGGAGGCACUGUUGGAGGCUGAAACUAUUGAAGAGCAAGAAUCUCCUGUUAACUGUUUUAGAAAAUUAUUUGUGUGUGAUGUCCUUCCUCUAAUAAUUAACAACCAUGACAUUCUGUUGUCUGCCAAUCUGGUGUAUAAGUACUUGAACAAAGCAGCUGAAUUUAAUAUCAAUUAUGUCACUAGAUCUACUCAAAUAGAGAGUCAGCGUCAAGGUGCCCAAGAAACGUCUGAUUUAAUGUCACCGAACAAACGUAGCUCUCAGAAGUACAUAAUAGAGGGGCUGACUGAAAAAUCAUCCCAGAUCAUGGACCCUUGGGAGAGGUUGUUCAAGAUUUUGAAUGUUGUUGGAAUGAGAUGUGACUGGCCAAUGUAUAACGGAAGACGAAGCUAUGGUGAUAUUUUGCAUAGAAUGAAGGAUCUCUGCAGAUACAUGAACAACUUUGAUAACGAAGCUCAUGCGAAAUAUAAAAACCAAGUGGUUUAUUCCGCUAUGUUGGUCUUCUUUAAGAAUGCAUUUCAGUAUGUCAACAGCAUACAGCAGUCUCUGUUCCAGGGUCCUAAUGCCCCUAGCCAAGUUCCACUGGUUCUUCUGGAAGACAUAUCAAAUGUAUAUGGUGAUGCAGAAAUUGAUCGCAAUAAACACAUACAAAAAAGGAAACUAGCUGAGAGGAGAGAAAAACCCAUGAGUUCGGACGAUGAAGACUGUUCAGCAAAAGGAAGGAAUCGUCACAUUGCUGUCAAUAAGGCAGAACUUGCUAACUCAAUCGAGGUGUUGGAAAGCUUUAAGCUGGCCAGAGAGAGCUGGGAGCUGCUCUAUUCCCUGGAAUUCCUUGACAAGGAAUUUAUAAGAAUUUGUAUGGCGUGGAAGACGGAUACUUGGCUUUGGUUGAGAAUCUUCCUCAAUGAUAUGAUCAUCUAUCAGGGUCAAUAUAAAAAGGCCAUAGCGAGCCUGCACCACUUGGCAGCUCUCCAGGGACCACUUCCUCAGCCACAGAUCUCGGGACAGGGGACCUUGGAGCAUCAGAGGGCACUCAUCCAGCUGGCGACCUUCCACUUUGCCUUGGGAGAGUACAGAAUGACCUGUGAGAAAGUCCUUGAUUUGAUGUGCUACAUGGACCUCCCCAUCCAGGACGGAGGCAAGUCACAGGAAGAACCCUCAAAAAUAAAGCCCAAGUUUAGAAAAGGUUCAUAUCUGAAGCUUCUGCCUUGUACCAGCAAGGCUAUCAUGCCCUAUUGCCUGCACUUAAUGUUAGGUUGUUUUAAGCUUAGAGCCUUCUCAGACAGCAGAGACGACAUGGUGCUGGGGCAUGUGAUCGUGCUGCUUCAGCAGGAGUGGCCGUGGGGAGAGACCCUUUUCUUGAAAGCCGUCAAUAAGAUUUGCCAGCAAGGAAACUUCCAAUAUGAGAAUUUUUUCAAUUAUGUUACAAAUAUCAACAUGCUGGAGGCAUUCGCCUACCUGAGAACUCAGGAAGGUGGGAAGAUCCAUCUGGAACUACAGCCCAAUCAAGGAAUGCUGAGCAGGCACCACACAGUCACCCGGGGCAUCACCAAGGGCGUGAAGGAGGACUUCCGCCUGGCCAUGGAGCGCCAGGUGUCCCGCUGUGGGGAGAAAUUGAUGCUGGUGCUGUACAGGUUCUGCGUCAACGAGAAGAUCUUGCUGCUCCAGACUCUGGCCUCACCGGCCCUCCCGCCAGAGGCAGCCCACAGUCGCGGGGCUCUGGGGAGACAUGAAGCGCAGCUGAGCGUUGCAGUCAUCGCUCUUCAAAAGAAGAAGACCAUCGGUGUUUUAACUCAUUGGUUGCUUAGAAGUAGUUCCCAACAGUCCAAGAAGCUAUUUCUAUUUUUGUCAUAUUUUGAAAUUUUUGUAAAACAAAAGAACCUGUUUUGUAAAUAAAAUCAUCCUAAA